AGUCCUGACGAUCCCGCAGUCACACAACCAAAGGGAGUUCCACGGAAGCAGUCGCACGUACUCUCGAUCUUGUUCUUUUCCGAAACCCUGCAGCUCAUUUCCCGACACUGAAGCCUAAUAUGAGCGUGGGGACCGUCGUUUUAGUCCACAGCUGCUGAGUUUUUUCGUCACGGCGGCAGAAAAGUCGUGACUGACAGUUGAGUUUGGUCGAAAAUCAGUUUGGAGAUUUUCCUUUUUUUCCUCCAUUGAAGAUGCCUGAGGACAUCGGGACAGCCAAACCUGGUAAGAAGAUUAAAUUUUAAGUCUUUUACAUGUACAAGAAAACAAUUAAAAUGCAUGCACUCUGCAGGGACAAUACUGUGAACCUGUUUUUUAACAUUAAUACCAUAGAUAUACACAUAAAAGUCGCUUAAUAUGCUUAAAUAACAUGUACAUUAAGUUUUAUAAUGCAGCAUCUUUCUAUUAAUGAUAAAAGUAGACUGGAGGGCAAAAGCUGUAUUUGUGCAAUCAGCCUUUAAAUGUAAAAAAAAAUGAUGCAACCUGUGGCUAGAUUUCCUCUAAACGCUUCAUACCAAGUAUCAUUAUGUAUAACAGGGUCUCUAUGGGGUCAUGAAUGGCGUCCCAGAACUGUCACAGAUUUCUCUUUCUGGCUCGAUUUCAGCUUCAUAACGUGGAACUUAGUGUCCUAAAUUUGUUUAAACACAUUCAUAAGUAUUCUCACAAAGUUGUCGAGUUGUUCCACCGUGUUAAAGAGGCACUUCUAUCCGUGUUACCGUGUUUUAAAUCGGGGUUAGGAGUGUCAGUGCGGCGCUGCUGCUGCUGCCUCCUGUAGUGUUUAUCUUCCCCGGGCCCCGCUCACUCACAUGGACACCGUAGCCUAGCCAUGUGCCUGUUUGUGUACACGCGGCUGGAACACUCCUCUGAUUGGUCGGGGGGCGUUCCCUUCUCCGCGCACGCUUCAGUCGAACUACUUUCCGAUUGGCCGGAGAGGCGCCCGUGACGUAGAUCAUUGCAUAAUCCACUGUACACAGCUCUCACCCGGCGCGAGGCUGGCCUGCAUGAUACACGUGAGACGGGGUGAGACAACAGCCGCUGACCUAGAUUCUCUUCCUCCUCCCUCCCUUCCUCGCGCUUCGCUUUCACAGAAAUUCAUGACAGGUCCACGUGUGGGUGGGCCGUGAAAGGGAACAGUCAUGGUUAGGGUUAGGUAAUCGUUCGCUCUCGACUCUAAAUUUAGGAGCAAAAUCGAUAAGACAAACUUUAUUUAAAUGUUAAAAAAAUUAAAAUUUACAUUAAAAAAGUUUUAAUUUUAUUUUGUGAGAAGGGACCAAGUAUGUCAGGAUUAAAGGAGCUUACUGCCCUACUUCACUUGACACUUUUAGACACGGUCACACUGCCAAAGGGACACUUUAGUGCCUUGCUCAAGGGCACCAGACUGUAAACAGGCAUUUAAACAACAGCAACUCAACAAGUGUAUGACCUCUCAUUUAGAAACUGCAUUAAACAAGUCAAUUAACAUGUCAUAACUACUCCCACCUUGCUGUAAAAUCUUUAAAAAAAAACACAUUUAUUAUAUUUGUUGUUUUAAUUUUAGUUUUGUAGCCCUCGUGUCCUUUUUGAAAAUAGUAAACCGGAAAUGUCCUCUUGCCAAUCAUGUCAUUACAUAACCAAUCUCUGGAUGUUUUCCCUUCUCGCAUUCUUUUGUUCCUACUGUUAUGUUGCUCCAGUGCUUCAGUGACCCUGUCUGGUCGUCAGUCAGCGGAGCACACUCCCAUAGAGUCCCAGUCAUGUUAUGUAACAUGUUACCCAACGACUCGAGGUUAUAAAGCAGGUCAAUCUCAUAUGGUGGAGAGACCAACCGAGAAACGCACACAAACGUGUCAGAGGCACCUGUUCCAAACCUACUGAAAAGUGUGUGCGUUUAUUAGGCAAACUGAGCUAUUUUUACCCACCUUUGUUACACUCAAACUACUGUUAUCAUCCCUCUCUACAGGGAUGGUGCUUAAAGUAAAAUGUAGGUUUUACUUUUUGUUUUAUUUAUCGAUGUACAACAUGUGCCAUGCAGUAGAAAAGUUAAGGUAAACAUCUGACUACAGAGAUGUUGAAGUUAAAUUCAAAGAGAUAAUACUUUAAUUUUUCAUAUUUUACAAAUUUAUCAAGUUAAAGAUCCUCCAUAUCCAUAAAUAGAACUGAGGGUGAAACAUGUGUUGGCGUAAUCCCAGGUUGAGACAGCAGGUGGUGAUAAAGAGCUCGCCUAAUCAGCCACAGGAGAAUUACAUGAUAAGAGGACACUAAAAAUGAGCAUGAUGCACUUAUUUUAAAGACUCAGUGAUUUACCCGUCUUAAAAUGUCAUUCUCUCUUUAUUUCCACAGGAGGAGUCAUAGCCUAUAUUUCCUCUGGCUCCGCCUCCAGCCCAGAGUCCUGUAUGAGCACCAGCCCCAGCAGCGGCUACCUGUCGACAUCGCCCACCCCCUCCCGCCCCUCGUUGCCCAGCAGAGCUGUAGGCAUGGUGGUGGAUAUCUCUCCCCCAACCAAGAACCAGCGCGGACAGGGCGUGGAGAAGGCGGGUCGCUCCUCCACGUCCGCUAAGAGCAGCAUCACGAGUAAGAAAAACACAAACUCUUCUAGAAAUGAGAGUUAGAGUGUCUGAUAUGGUGCAUGUGAAUCACUGUUUCUCCUGUUUCUCGCAGAAAUCAACGGUAUGGUGCUGUUGUGCAAAGUGUGUGGUGAUGUGGCCUCGGGCUUCCACUACGGCGUCCAUGCUUGCGAGGGCUGCAAGGUGAGACAGGUUCCUGCAGUGGAACACACUUCCUCUUCACGUUUGGUUGACUUCUUUCCUGGAAGUUAAAAAAAAACACAUGUUGUGAGAACAUGACAAGAAAGCGCCUCUCUUGUGGUGUUUUAGGGCUUCUUUAGAAGAAGUAUCCAGCAGAACAUCCAGUACAAGAAGUGUCUUAAGAUGGAGAACUGCACCAUCAUGAGGAUCAACAGGAACCGCUGCCAGCAGUGUCGCUUCAAGAAAUGUCUGGCUGUGGGCAUGUCCAGAGAUGGUGAGCAGCACUUUUUGUUUUGUAGAGACACACCUGUUUUUAAAUCUUCACACAAAGCUAAUCGACUUCAUCUCUUCUCAGCUGUCAGAUUCGGACGCAUCCCGAAGCGGGAGAAGCAGAGGAUGCUGCUGGAGAUGCAGAACGCCAUGAACAACAUGAUGAGUAAUAACAGCCAGCUUCACAGUAUGCUCCACGGCCACCAGAGCCCCUCGCUGCCCAUGGAGGCUAUGAGCAACGACUCCAACUCCUCGCCAUCCUCUUCCUCCUCCUCCGCUUCUGAUUCCCCCUCCUGCUCCAACCCCUCCUCCCCUCAGUGCCCCCAGGACUCAGAGUCCGUCGUUUCAAUGGACACCAACUCCAGCUCGGCCUCCUCCUGCGGGUCAGACAGCGGCGAGGACGAGGCGGUGUCGAGCAGGCAGCACCAGGAUGCCUUCUCGUACAACCAGGAGAGGUCGCCGAGGCAGGACCAGGCCUCGCCCUCGCCGGUUGCCCUCGAGACGGGGUGCGACAGCCGCAUGGAGGAGCCGCAGGAGAGCUGGAACAGCUGGAACAACAGCGCGGCAGUGGGAGGUUUCCAGCACUGCCCGUACAGUAACAGCCAACACGUCACUAACACUGCUUACAGGGAGGAGAGAGGAGUUCACCAGCAGCCGCCUCAGCAGCAGCAGCUCAACAGCGCCCCCAGCUUUGAGCCAUCAGAAGACAGCCAAUUUCACACACAAUCUGCCUCAAGUGGUUAUAAAGGACCAACACACUGUGUGAGCAACAGAGCACACCUGGUGGGUAGAUUGAUUUUUCAAUAUUUCAAACGUUUUACAGUCGAAGUUUUGAUCUUGUUCAUUUAUUGACCGUCACUCUUCCUGUUUUCCAGGUUUGUCCCAUGAACACCUCACCCUACGUAGACCCCAGAAAGCCCAGCCAGGAGAUCUGGGAGGAGUUCUCCAUGAGCUUCACCCCCGCUGUGCGGGAAGUGGUCGACUUCGCCAAGAGGAUCCCGGGCUUCCGUGACCUCUCCGAGCACGACCAAGUCAGCCUUCUGAAAGCUGGAACUUUCGAGGUAAGAGAGCAAACAAGUGAAAACGGCAACAGCUUUGAAGUCAAACACGACGGGCGGCCUGUUCAAACACAGAGCAGACUUUCAGCCAUGUGUGUGCUGACUAAUAUUUACUCUGACAACAGUUGGAAUAGAAAUGAGAUGCUCUUAAUGAACACAAACUUUCAAAACUGAGACUUAAAAUUCUCUUUAUUUCGUCCUCACAGGUGCUGAUGGUCAGAUUCGCCUCUCUUUUCAACAUGGUUGAGAGGACGGUUACUUUCCUGAGCGGCAAACGUUACAGCCUCGACACGCUACGAUCGCUGGGCGCAGGCGAGCUGCUCAACUCCAUGUGCGAGUUCAGCGAGAAGCUCGCAGCGUUGCGGCUCGACUCUGAUGAAAUGAGCCUCUUCACAGCCGUGGUGCUCGUCUCAGCCGGUAAGUUUUAAAAAUAUCCUGUUAGCACAUUUGAAGAUGCUUUAGUCCAUUUUUAAACAUGAUGUACUUUCUCCUGACAUUAACCUCGUUCUUCAUUUUCUCAGACCGCUCAGGGAUCCAGGACUUGAACUCUGUUGAGGCCCUGCAGGACAAACUGAUCCGGGCUCUGCGAAAUCUCGUGAUGCAGAACCACGGCGAGGAGUCGGCCACCACCUUCACCAAACUCCUGCUCAAGCUCCCUGAGCUGCGUUCCCUCAACAACAUGCACUCAGAAGAACUGCUCUCCUUCAAGGUUCACCCAUGAAAGCUUCCUGAGGAGGGAGGGGACCCCACCGGUGCCCCUCCACCCUAAUCCACACACCUCCACCAGGACCUGCCUCUUACUGCCCCUCCCUCGCCGACCAACCCUCGUUCGUGUCUGUCUGUUUCUAGAAUGUAUGAAAGUUUUUUAAAUCUAUUUUUGUUAAGCAGACCGCGUGGGGUCUGAGGAGAGAAGAGUAAAAACGUACUGUAUUUAUAGAAGAGAUAGCUUACGCUUGCUGCACACAAACACAUGCAAGUGCAAGUGUGUGUGUGAGAGAGUUGAUGAUUUUGGUGACGUUGAAGGUGCUUCUCUGUUCUGGGGAGUGAAAUAAGAGCACUUAACUGGCUUUAGGAGAGCUUAGAGAGUAGAAACCGACAAGUGGAUCCACAGGCCAUUUAAUUCCAAAGUGUAUUCUCUGAUGAGCAGGUGAACGUGUGAGAGACAUUUAAAGUGAACACACCGCAUGUCUGUUUGGUCCAAUGUUUUGACAGAGAAGGCAAGCUAUCUUAUCAGAUCUGUAUCUCUGAAUGUGUGACGAUCGCUGCUAAUGCAUGGCUGUACUUAAUGCAAAUAACUCUUACUUGGAUCUCCUCCCCUUGCCUCAGAAAGCAUCAGUUUGUUGUCCCCAGCGUGUAAAAAGAUGUAUGUUUUUUUUUUCUUUAUUUAACAUUUCUUUUUUUUUUUACACUGCCUGUACACUGCCUGGUGAUUUCUGGGGGAGCUGAUGACGCCAUUUUUCCGCAACACUACAUUUGCACAUGUUCUGGAGCAGAAAAACCAAGUUUCACAAAACCUUUGAACGGUGUGACACCGAAUCGUGUCCAUGUACAUGUAAACGCAGUCACACCACGCUGUUUGCCCAUUUUCCGGUUUUUAUGACUUUUUAAUUUUUAUUAUCGAACUUUGUGUGUUUUCAGCAUAGCACUGAACUUGACACGUGUUUAUUUUUUGUUAUCCAUAUUGUGUUGAAAUACUUGUUUCUCUGUUUGGCAGAACUGCCAUCUGUAAAUAUCUAUAUAAAUAUCUAUAAAUAUAUAAAUAUCUGAUGACAUAGAAUAUAAAUAUGAAAUAGUAUAAAUAAAUACAAAUGAAGUAUACUCUG